AUUGCAUCAUCUGUGACAUAUUAAUUCGCUCUUUUUCGUUUUGCAUCAGCCAUCAGCUGCGACAAAAGUUGCUCCCUCAUUUCCUUACACCAUCGUAAAAUGGCCGAUAAUAAAUUAUAUGAAAUAUUAGGCGUUUCGCGAAACGCAAGUGAUUCCGAAAUCAAAAGGAGUUACCACAAGUUGGCAAAAGAAUUCCACCCUGACAAAAACCCAGCAGCUGGUGACAGAUUCAAAGAAAUAAGCUAUGCUUAUGAAGUUUUAUCAGAUCCAAAAAAACGGCAAACCUAUGAUAAGUUUGGACUUAAAGGAUUACAAGAAGGCGGCCAAGGAGCAGGAUUUCCCUCUGAUGACUUUCUCGGCCAUUUCUUUGGUGAUAUUUUCGGCAUGGGCGGCGGUGGUAGAGGCCGAGGGCGUGCGCGCGGCGAGGAUACUAUCCAUCCCUUGAAAGUGACUUUAGAAGACAUGUAUGUCGGGAAAACGGCCAAACUACAGUUAAGUAAAAAUGUGAUCUGUGGCCCAUGUAAAGGUGUCGGCGGUAAACCGGGUGCUGUCGUGUCGUGCAGGGACUGUCACGGUCAAGGUUUAAAAGUGUCGUACCAGCAAAUAGGGCCCAACAUGACGCGUCAGUUCCAAACCCGUUGCCCUACCUGCCAGGGUCUUGGUGAAACUAUCAAUGAAAAAGAUAAAUGCCCUAAAUGCAAAGGGAAGAAAGUUUUAAACGAAACUAAGAUAUUAGAAGUGCAUGUUGAAAAAGGUAUGCGUGAAAAUCAAAAAAUAUCCUUUAGAGGAGAAGGAGACCAGCAGCCUGACACUCAACCCGGUGAUGUCAUAAUAGUGUUACAACAAAAACCACAUGAAUUAUUUAAACGGACUGGUGAUGAUUUAUUGAUGGAACGAGAGAUUACACUGACUGAGGCUCUGUGUGGAUUUGAGUUUGUUGUGAAACAUUUGGAUGGGAGAGAUUUACUCAUCAGACAUUCUCCUGGGGAAGUGAUCAAGCCUGGAGACUUAAAGGGCAUACAGGGUGAGGGCAUGCCCCAACACAAAAACCCAUUUGAAAAAGGUAAUCUCUACAUCAAAUUUGAAGUAACUUUCCCUGAAAAUCAUUUCGCAAAUGAAGAGGAGUUGAAGAAAAUUGAAAGUAUAUUACCUCCUAGACCAGUGUUUGUCAUGCCUACCGGUGAGGAUGUGGAAGAAGUCAACAUGAUGGAGUACACUGCCAGUGAGAGAAGCCGGGGCAGGGAAGAAGCAUAUGCCAGUGAUGAUGAUGAGCACAUGCAUGCUGGACCAGGCGUACAAUGUGCCCACCAGUAGUGUAAUAACGUAUUAAAUCCUCAUUUUGGGAUUUGUACUCAGACCUCACAUUAUAUAAUUUUAUUAUGAACUUUAGGUAGUUAAUAUUUACAAAAAAUAUGACACUUAAUUUGCGGAAUAGUGUAGAGUUGUUCCAAUUAACUAAUAAUUAUUAUCUGGUUAGUGGCAAUCAAAUGUCAAGAUCAGAUAUAGUCUUAGAAUCACACCAUUGCAAUAAAUUUGCCUUAUCUAUUGUGUAUAUUAUUUUACAAAAUAUAUAUUGAUUUUUUAUUGUAUAAUGUUGAGGAUUCAGUAAUAAUAUUAGUAAAGGUUUUUCAUUAAUGUAAUUCAUUCCACUACCACAGGUGCAUGUAACUGCAUUGGUUUAUGAUUAUAUUUAAAUUAAAAAUAAAUUUUGUUUUAUUUGCA